GGAGCCCUGAGGGGAAAAAGAAUGAAGAUUUUGCAGCUUGGUGUUUUUCUGGUUUUGUACAGCACCUCAGCCUGGGCAGAAGAUAAGCAUUAUUACAUUGGAAUUGUUGAAACAACUUGGAACUACGCCUCUGCCGAUGGAGAAAAGAAACUUAUUUCAGCUGACAAAGAACAUUACAAUACCUAUCUUCAAAAUGGCCCGGAUAGAAUUGGAAGUGUGUACAAGAAGGCCCUUUAUCAGCAGUACACAGAUGGAACCUUUGGGACAAUUAUAGAAAAACCACCCUGGCUAGGGUUUCUAGGCCCUAUUAUCAAAGCUGAGAUUGGAGAUAGAAUUUUUGUACACUUGAAAAACUUUGCUUCCAGGCCCUACACUUUUCAUUCCCAUGGAAUAACUUACCUUAAGGAACAUGAGGGGGCCAUCUACCCUGACAACACCACCGAUUUUCACAAAGCAGAUGACAAAGUGUAUCCGGGCGAGCAGUAUGUGUACAUAACGUAUGCCAAUGAAGAACAAAGUCCUGGUGAGGCAGACAGCAACUGUGUGACCAGGAUUUAUCACUCCCACAUUGAUGCUCCAAGAGAUAUCGCCUCAGGGCUCAUUGGACCUUUAAUAGUCUGUAAAAAAGAUUCUCUGGAUAAAGAAAAAGAAAAAAACAUUGACCAAGAAUUUGUAGUGAUGUUUUCUGUGGCGGAUGAAAAUUUCAGCUGGUACCUAGAAGACAACAUUGAAACGUACUGCUCUGAACCAGAGAAAGUCGACAAAGACAAUGAAGACUUCCAGGAGAGUAACAGGAUGUAUUCUGUGAAUGGAUACACUUUCGGAAGUCUCCCGGGACUCACCAUGUGUGCAGAGGACAGAGUGAAGUGGUAUCUUUUUGGCAUGGGUAAUGAAGUUGAUGUGCACUCUGCUUUCUUUCAUGGACAAACACUGACUAACAAGAACUACCGUAUUGAUACAAUCAAUCUCUUUCCUGCUACCCUUUUUGAUGCAUUUAUGGUGGCCCAGAACCCUGGAGAAUGGAUGCUUAGCUGUCAGAAUCUAAACCAUCUCAAAGCUGGUUUACAGGCCUUUUUCCAGGUGCAGGACUGUAAGAAGCCUCCAUUGGAGAAUGAUAUCCUUGGGAAGACUGUUAGACACUACUACAUUGCCGCUGAGGAAAUCAUCUGGAACUACGCACCCUCUGGGAUAGACAUCUUCACCAAAGAAAACUUAACUGAACCUGGAAGUGAGUCAGAGGUGUUUUUUAAACAAGAUGCUACAAGAAUUGGGGGCUCUUAUAAAAAGCUGGUUUAUCGUGAGUACACAGAUGCCUCCUUUGCAAAUCGAAAGGAGAGAAGCCCUGAAGAGGAACAUCUUGGCAUCCUGGGUCCUGUCAUUUGGGCAGAGGUGGGAGACACCAUCAGAGUUACCUUCCAUAACAAAGGAGCAUAUCCCCUCAGCAUCGAGCCAAUUGGAGUGAGAGUUGAUAAGAACAAUGAGGGCACAUACUAUGCUGCACGUGACCCCCCGAGUGCAAGUGUGCCUCCUCCUGCCUCCCAUGUGGCAUCCGCUGCAACGUUCACCUAUGAGUGGAGUGUCCCCAAAGAAGUAGGACCCACUUCUGCAGACCCUGUCUGCCUAUGUAAGAUGUAUUAUUCUGCUGUGGAUCCCACCAGAGACAUAUUCACUGGGCUUAUUGGGCCAAUGAAAAUAUGUAAGAAAGGAGGUUUACAUCCAAAUGGGAGACAGAAAGAUGUAGACAAGGAGUUCUAUUUGUUUCCCACAGUGUUUGAUGAGAAUGAGAGUUUACUCCUAGAUGAUAAUAUUAGAAUGUUUACAACUGCACCUGAUCAGGUGGAUAAGGAAGAUGAAGACUUUCAAGAAUCUAAUAAAAUGCACUCCAUAAAUGGAUUCAUGUAUGGAAAUCAGCCUGGUCUCAAUAUGUGCAAAGGAGAUUCAGUUGUGUGGUACUUAUUCAGCGCUGGCAAUGAGGCCGACAUACACGGGAUAUACUUUUCAGGAAACACGUAUCUGUCAAGAGAAGAAAGGAGAGACACAGCGAACCUCUUCCCUCAAACAACUCUCACACUCUUUAUGCAGCCCGACACUGAAGGGACUUUUGAUGUUGAGUGCCUCACGACAGAUCACUACAUAGGAGGCAUGAAGCAAAAAUAUACUGUGAACCAGUGCAGCAGGAAGUCCGAGGAUUCAACCUACUUCCUGGGAGAGAGGACCUACUACAUCGCAGCAGUGGAGAUGGAAUGGGAUUACUCCCCACAGAGGAAAUGGGAAAAAGAGCUGCGUCGUUUACAAGAGCAAAAUGCUUCAAAUGUAUUUUUAGAUAAGGGAGAUUUCUACAUAGGCUCAAAGUACAAGAAAGUUGUGUACCGGCAAUACACUGAUAGCACAUUCAGCGUUCCAGUGGAGAGAAAAGCGGAGGAAGAACAUCUGGGAAUUCUAGGUCCACAACUUCAUGCAGAUGUAAGAGACACAGUAAAAAUUAUCUUCAAAAAUAUGGCCACAAGGCCAUACUCAAUACAUGCCCACGGGGUGAAGACAGACAGUUCUACAGUUACUCCAACGUUACCAGGUGAAACUCGGACUUACAUAUGGAAAAUCCCAGAAAGAUCUGGAGCUGGAAAAGAGGAUUCGGCUUGUAUUCCAUGGGCGUACUAUUCAACUGUGGAUCAAGUUAAGGAUCUCUAUAGUGGAUUAAUCGGCCCGCUGAUUGUUUGUCGGACUCAUUACUUAAAAGUAUCUAAUCCCAAAAAGAUACCGGAAUUUUCCCUCCUCUUUCUAGUUUUUGAUGAGAAUGAAUCUUGGUAUUUAGAUGACAACAUCAAAACAUACUCUGAUCACCCUGAGAAAGUAAACAAAGACGAUGAGGAAUUCAUAGAAAGCAAUAAAAUGCAUGCAAUCAAUGGAAGAAUGUCUGGAAACCUGCAAGGUCUCACAAUGCACGUGGGAGAUGAAGUCAACUGGUAUCUGAUGGGAAUGGGCAAUGAAGUAGACUUGCACAGUGUGCAUUUCCACGGCCACAGCUUCCAGUACAAGCACAGGGGCAUGUAUAGUUCUGAUGUCUUUGACCUUUUCCCUGGGACAUACCAAACCCUAAAAAUGUUUCCAGUAACACCUGGAAUCUGGUUACUCCACUGCCACGUGACUGAUCACAUUCACGCUGGAAUGGAAACUACAUACACCGUUCUACCAAAUGAAGCAUCUUCUCAGACCCACAGGAGGAUAUGGAAUAUGAACUAUCCAUUUACAGUCAGCUUGAUACUCUUUUUUCAAAUCUCUCCCAAGGAACGGCUAGGAGAAUAAGGUUGGUCCCUUUACUUUCUGUGUGUUUAGUAAUCACCUUCAUGUGCAUAAUUUCCUGACUAUAACACAGCAAAGGUGAAACAAGGUGGUAAUCUCUCACGCACAGGAUCUCCCAAAGUGAGAGAAAAUAUGGGUUAUUUCUGUAUUCAACUUCUGAUUAAAUGGAACAAUAGGCAGAAAUGGAAAGGAACAAGGCAGGGAUAACCCAAAUCAUAGUUAAAAUGAACUCAGUCAAACUUGGUACAAAAUGGAGUCUGUCCAUGAAAUUUUACUUAGCUUUAUCCAUAUCAGCAAGAAAUUUAACAAUAAAUAUCAAAAAAAAAACAACAACAACCAAACCCACUGCCGUCAAGUCAAUUCUGACUCGUAGCAACCCUACAGGACAGAGUAGACCUGCCCCAUAGGGUUUCCAAGGCUGUCAUCUUUAUGGAGGAGCUCUGGUGGCGCAGUGCUUAAGAGGCUGGCUGCUAACCAAAAGGUCAGCAGUUCAAAUCCACCAGCUGCUCCUUGGAGUCAGAAUCGACUCGACAGCAGUGCAUUUGGUUUCCUUAGGGUGCUCUGGGAAGGGGGCAUGUGUCAGACUUUGGAGUCGGGAAUGGGAAGCUUCUUUAGUAGUUUUUGUAUAGUGUGCGUGCUUUAAUUGAAUGAAUAGUAAGGAGGGGCACCACUGUGUCAUGGCCAAGGGCAUGAGUUACAGGCAGACAGAUUUAGGUCUGAGGCCUGGUUCCUCUCUUAGGACUCUGAUGUAGAUUUGGGCUGCCAAUCUACAUGAAAUAUUUACUUCUACAUGAAACAAAAUUGCUUGCACAUCCAGGCCAGCCUGAUCCACCAAGUCAAAUGUGGACUUUAUUUCUCAUUUCCAGUCAAAACACUGUCACAGUCAGAAUUCACGCAGGAUGGUCUCUAUUACAUCAUCAUGCUUCUUACUACUUUUUAAAAAUCCUAUUUAGGAGGUUAGCUUGGCUCAUUUCCUAUAAGACAGAUAGUAGUGGUUGACUUGGAUUAGUGGCCUGAAAUGUGUCAGUCAACACUUAAAAAAAAGAAUUAGAUCAAGAAAAACACUACUAAGUAUUUGCCACACUUUUGUUUCACCAAUGGUUUUCCAGGCCAUCCUGAAAAUGAGGCAAGAAAGUUAUGUGACUGGUGAAGCUCACCCAUCUACCUGAAAUGAAUCGAGCCUUGCAGGGCAGACAGAGGCAGGAAUUCCUUCCAAAACUCCCGAGUAUGUCUAACCAUGGGUUCUGCCCUCCAAAAUUAGACACUGUCAAAGAACAGGACACCCAAAGUCUUGCCACAUUUAAAUCUUACAUUAUAUUGUAACAUGUAUAUUCAAAAGAAAAAG